AAUUGACGUAAUUUCCGAGCAUUUGGUACUACGUUGAUAACGUUUAAAAGGUAAUAGUUUAGCAUUGAUAAGUGCCGCUAUUUGUGUCCCAAAAUUUGCCAAGCUCUGUAGAAAAUGGCUUAUUGUACAUAUUUCUUGCUGGCACUCCAAUUUACGUGGAUGGCACGUUCCCUGACCGCACACAUACCUGCGAAGCGAAUGACAAUUAGUCAUAUUGGUCACCAUAGAAGCUUUGAGGUAGUGGACCACCACCAGCACGGUUUUACGCCUGCUCCUCACGUCACUAAAGUCUACAGAGAUAUUUGUUCUCAAGAUGCAGAGUGCGUACUUCCCGUUCAAUGUCCCGCUCACGUCCACGAUGAUGGGGUCUUAAAAUGCAAGACAAUUUUAGGUCGUGUAGGAAUCUGCUGCAAAACUGGCCAAAACCAUACAGCACUUUUCAACGAGAAAGUAAGAGGUCAUCACGUCGUGCACGCAGAUUUGGAAGCAAUGGGGGAUGUGACUCGUCGUAGUCGACUGGAAUUAUCAGAAUUACAUUUACGUGAAAUGAAAAUUCUGACGCACUCCAGAUCGGCUUUAGUUCCACUUGGCACAGCUAGUUACGGACAUUUUCGGAAUUCUCGGUUGCACAGCAUGCACGAUUUAUUAGAGGUCAUGAGCGUUGCAAAUCGCGCAUUAGAAAUUGCAUUAGCCACCCGGGCAUUCAAAGAUAGACAAGGCGUUACAAAUCAACAACUAGAAUACGGAAUGAUUCACCAAGAUUUAAGCCAGACGCCACUCGGUGCCGCUUGCGUACCUCCACCAGUUUGUCCCCCCGUACCACCCCGCUUCAGAAAAAUUGACGGCUCAUGCAAUAAUAUCAACAAUCCGUCUUGGGGUAUGCCGCUUACGCCAUACUCUCGACUUUUACCGCCAGUAUAUCAUGACGGAAUUUGGACCCCAAGGGUUUCUGAAGAUCAAGGUCAACCACUUACCAGCCCUCGACUUAUCAGUACCACCUUAUUUUCCGACGAAGAUAUUCCAAACCCAGAUUAUACACUGAUGCUAAUGCAGUUUGGUCAAUUUAUUUCCCACGAUAUCACCCAAUCGCUUGACACCAGCUUUGCGAAUGGUAGUGCGAUUUCCUGUUGCUCUGAAGAUGGAAGUGCGGAGAUUCCUCAUGAGUUCAGGCAUUUUGCCUGCUUUCCAGUCGUGAUUCCACGCAAAGAUCCAUUUUUUGGCAGGUAUAGCCAGGGCUGCAUGAACUUUGUAAGAUCAGUCUUAGCGCCUCGACAUGAUUGCACUCUUGGUUACGCACAACAGAUGAAUAAAGUCAGUCAUUACAUUGAUGGAUCGGCGAUUUAUGGAUCUAGUCCCGAUCAGACUAGAGCACUGCGAAGUUUUGAAUUUGGUCAGCUGACCGUGUUUGAUGACUUCGGUCGUCAUUUGCUACCGCUCUCUGAAGAUCCCGAUGCGUGUUUAACCACGGAACAAGGAUCGGCUUGUUUCACAUCAGGCGACACGAGGACAAACCAAAUGGUUUCAUUAACGGUUUUGCAUACACUUUUCAUGCGAGAACACAAUCGCAUAGCAAACGAGCUGGCGCAAAUUAACCCACACUGGCAAGACGAGCGUAUAUUCUUAGUAACACGUCAAAUUAUUAUUGCAGAACUGCAAGUAGUCACCUACGGUGAAUACUUGCCAGCUCUAUUAGGUGAAGCUGCAAUGGAAGAAUUCGACUUAUUAUUGGAGAGAGAUGAUUCUUACUCGUACGAUUAUAAUCAGAAAGUGGAUCCUUCUGCAAUUAACGAAUUUGCCUCCGCUGCAUUCCGAUUUGGUCAUUCGAUGGUAGACGGAGUUCUAAAAAUCUAUGGAAAAACAAAACUUGAAGCGGCCAUCGACAUUCCCGAGGUUAUGUUUCACCCCGCAAGGAUGCGCAAACAUGAGUUUUAUGAUCAGAUGUUAACUACGAUGACAACAGAUGCGAUUCAAGACGUGGACAACUCAAUGAGCGAUUCCUUAACAAAGUAUAUGUUUCGAGCGGGAAAUCCAUUUGGAGUUGAUUUAGCAGCGAUAAACAUUCAAAGGGGGAGAGACCACGGAUUAAGACCUUAUAACGACUAUAGGGAAUUGGUAGGACAGCCGCGGAUAAAGUCUUUUGAAGAAUUCGGACCAGAGCUCGGGGAGAGACUAAAGAGCGUGUACGUAUCAGUUGAUGAUAUCGAUCUCUGGGUUGGAGGACUUCUGGAGCCCAAGUAUGGAGAUAGUGUUUUAGGAUUAACGUUUAGAGAUAUAAUAGCGGAGCAGUUUUCCCGGUUGAAACAGGGGGAUAAAUACUUUUUUGAGCAUGAUCCAACCAUUAAUCCGGGAUAUUUUACACCCGAACAACUCGUGGAGAUCAGAAAAGUUACGUUGUCGAGGAUCAUUUGCGAUAACCGAGAUGGUAUUUUACUAGUACGUCAAGCACCAAAUGCAUUUAGAAAGCCAGGAUUGCCAGGGAACGAGUAUGUUGAUUGUACUAGUCCGGCGUUACCUCAUAUGAAUUUGCUUUACUGGCAAGAUUAGGGGAACAUUUUAAUGUGUACUUCUUUGUGAUAUUUUUUUAAAAAUAAUUGUUAAUUAUACGUGUAUGGAAUACUUACAUUAAACUUGCGAGUUAUUAUCUACA